UUUUAAUGCGGUGAUAGAAACAAUCAAAGAGAACUGGUGCGCGAUACAAGGGACGCGUAUUGUUCGCGACCGAAACACACAGUUUAGCGUCGGAUGUGGAUGACGCAGUCACAUCGGCAAGAGGAAUGCAGUAUGUGGCAGGCUGUGGCUCCGUGGCUGUUGAUACUUGCGACUCUGCUCCGGGUAUCACUGCAGGGUCCUCACCAGCGGUUUCUCCUCAGGGAGCUGCUGAGGGACUACAACCCAAUGGAGAGGCCGGUGGCCAAUGAUUCACAGGCCCUCACUGUUCAGUUCUCCUUUACUCUGAUGCAGGUCAUGGAUGUGGAUGAAAAGAACCAGAUCCUCACCACGAAUGCCUGGCUACAGAUGCAGUGGUAUGACCACUACCUCCAGUGGAACCAGUCAGAGUAUCCUGGAGUUAAAAACCUCCGUUUUACUCCUGACCAGGUCUGGACCCCUGACAUAUUGCUUUACAACAGUGCUCAUGAUAAGUUUGAUGCCACCUUUAAGACCAAUGUGCUGGUUAACUCCAGUGGCUUCUGUGAGUAUCUGCCUCCAGGAAUAUUUGUCAGCACAUGUAAUGUGGAUGUUCGAUGGUUUCCAUUUGACAUCCAACGCUGUGAACUGAAGUUUGGCUCCUGGACAUUUGAUGGCUGGUUGCUGGACAUCCAGAUGAAGGAGGCAGAUGUGUCAGGAUACAUGACCAACGGAGAGUGGGACCUAGUGGAGGUUCCUGGAGAUCGUCAUGAAAUUUUCUACGACUGCUGUGCAGAGCCCUACCCAGAUGUGACUUUUGUGGUGACCUUACGAAGAAGGACUUUAUUUUACGCUCUCAACCUCCUCAUCCCCUGUGUGCUGCUCUCCUCCAUGACCCUGGUGGUCUUCCUGCUCCCCGCCAACUCAGGGGAGAAGAUCAGCCUGGGCAUCACGGUUCUGCUGUCUCUGACGGUCUUCAUGCUGAUGGUUGCAGAGAUUAUGCCCGCUACCUCAGAUUCUGUACCCCUAAUAGGGCAGUACUUCGCCAGCACCAUGGUGAUUGUCGGGAUGUCAGUAGUGGCCACAGUAAUCGUCCUUCAGUUCCAUCACCACAGCCCCGGUAGUGGAAACAUGCCACGUUUGGUGCACUUAGUUCUACUGCAGUGGGUCCCUUGGUUCCUGCGGAUGAAGCGUCCCGGAGAGGGAGUGGACCCACCUCUGUCCAACUGCCAGGUGGACUCUCAAAGCAAGACCCUGUCCUCUCCUACCACCACCACUACCACCACCACCAUCCCCACACCACUGCCCUCCAUCCUCCCCCAGAACCUCAACUCUCUGCAGGCCAGCCUGGCUCAGCUCAACCACCCUCUGUCGCACCCUCCGCAUCACCGGCUCAACUCUCAGCAGGUUAUCCUCCCAAAUCCAGGCCCCAAUCCACUUCCACAGCCCAACGGUCAUCUGCUUUACAUGGGCUUCCAGACCUUCCAGACCACCGCAGAGCUGGAGCCAGUUCAGAGGAACAGAACCACGAGUCACGGGAGGGUAAACAGUGGAGAAGGAGAGGGAGCUGCUGUAGGAGGGGGGCCAGCUGGAGAUACACCUAUCCACCACCACCUUCCAGCUUCAAAGUUUGGGAGCCCGCCACAGGAAACUCCACUGUCCCCAGACCCUGACCCUUCAACUACAUCCUCUGGACACUGCGGAAUAGAGACUGGGGUCGGAACAGGGAGAUCCACUGCUAUACACACCCACAGCGGUGUGAUUCGAUCUGUGGCGGUAGACAACCAGCUACAGGCUCUUCUGGCGGAGGUGCAGUUUUUAGUCGAACGUGUAAAAGAGCAGGACCGGCAGCUCAGUUUGGCAGAGCAGUGGCAGUUUGCCGCAGCUGUCAUCGACCGUCUGUGCCUGGUGGGAUUCAGUGUUUUCAACAUCAUCUGCACCAUCGCUAUUCUCAUGGCUGCACCCAACUUUGGGGAAGCACUGUCAAAAGAUUUCCUCUGACAGACCUGAAAGAGACAGAUUUUGAAAGAGUGGGGGAUGUUAAUGGCAAUACAGAUAAGGAUUUGUUGGAAGCACAAUUGCUGUUAAGGCCAAUGGGUAGUACAACAGCCAAUAUUUAGUAUUCAGUAAGCUGGAGUAGACUGAUGUGGAGUCGACUAUGAUUCAGAAAUGGUGCAAUUUGUUGCAGUUUUUUUCGUGAAAGAAUAUACCUGUUGAUGCACACAUUUUCUGUUCACACAUUGUAAUUGUUUCUACAGAGAUUUGAUUGAUGUGUUUGUUUCUCCUAAAAGGCAGCACGCCAGUCUUCAGAAUUUCAAAGUAUCAUCUCAUGCAUUGAUCAUUUCGGUGAACUUUAUUUCACUAAUGGACUGUCAACUGAAACCUUCAACAGAGCAUCAAAUGUUACAUUGGAAUAUGUAUAAAGGUUUGCACAUUUCUUUUUUUUUAAUGUUUGACAGUUAAAUAAGAAAGAGGAGGGUUUUUUUGGAAUAGUUUUGUGAAUGAGGAUCCUAAAGGAAAACCAUCCCAGAAUUUAUGUAAAAACUAACUGGGAAGCAUGACUUUACUAAAUUUGUUAUAAAGUAUUUGUACUGCCAUCUUUGGAUGCUCCAUAAAGAUGCUCAGUAGAGAAACUGGACACUGAUGUGCUGCAUGUAAACCUGCAUUUCCUGUCCAUACAGACCAAAGUCUCUUUGUGUUCUUUUGUUGUUUCCCUGAUCGUGAAACCCACCGGCUAUCCAUCUUCGAAGAUUUUUCAUCUGAGGGCAACAGCUGAUAUUUGUGGGGUUUCUGUGCAGCUAGCUCAUUGUCUACAGUCUGCAACAAGAAUAGAGUUUGAUUUGAGAGAAGACGUUUAUGGACAAAUUGUUUUGCAAGCAGCCAGCUAAGCUAAGUUAGCCAAGCUUCUAAAGAGCUAAAUUAUUUCAGACAAGAGCUCAUGGGUUGCAAUAGAAUGAAUUUUGGCCAACACAUGCCGCUUUUUUAGCUCUCCACACAAUCUGAAAAUUAUGUUUUGCUACCGUUUCCAGGUUAAAGUACAUGUUUCCUGGAAAAAGUGUUUGAUGGGCAGACAGACAGUGUUAUUACCCAAUCAGCAGCGAUGUGUAUAUCAACCCAUCGUAUUAAAAAGCAUUUACAUACACAACAGGGUGUUAAACAAACCACCGUUUGCGUUAAAUAAAUGUUUUGCCACAUUUUGCAAUCUGUCGGUCCAGAAUGUAUCCGAUACCAAAAUGUUGCCCCGUUGCCUUCAGAUUCAGCAUUCAUAUGCAGAUUCUGUUAAUUGAGAUUUAACACUUAUCAGUUUAUUCUAUUUUAUUUUUACCACUGAUUGGUGAUUUUUUUGCAGGUUUUUUUUAUUUUUUAUUUUUAAGAACCUCAAUUACAUUUUCAAUUUAAUUUAAAGUUUCCCAAGGUCCCUUUUUUUAAUAGCAUGUCCAAAGUCAUUGUGAUUAGUAUUUUCCACAUGAAUACCCUUUUUCUCUAUAAUAGAAUCUGCACAUCAUCCCUGUAAUGGAAGGACAACAUUGGUGAUUCAUUUCUGCAGCACCUUUAACAAUCACGUUUGCUUCAUAUUACUGCAGUGCUUAUUAUGAAGACAAAAAUAUACUAAUAUUCUCUGAAAGAUACCCUGCAUAGUUCCAUAGGGAUGUUUUUUUUCCAUUUUUUUUCAUUCACUUUCUAAAAAAAUACGAAACUGUGAAAUGACAUGAUAACUCAGCCGAGAGGGUUGUUUAAAGUACUCUCUCUGUCUUGUUUUUGAAUGUGGGAUACACUUUGAUAGUCACAACUAGAACAAAUAUUUCAUUUUACCAUAAUGUGGAACAAUAUUGUUCUUCUGUGCAGGCAUAGAUAAGGUUUGGAUUGCAAAUGUGGAAGAGAGAGGAGAAGGUCAGCAUUUCAAGAAUCCUUUUUCACAAUGCUUUUAUCUCUCUCUCUCUCUCUCACACACACACACAACACACACACACACA